UGAAGAAUUGUCAAAAACUCAAAAUUUGAUUUUUGUGGUCUUGUUGGAUUCGAUUCAAUUCAAAGAUUGUAAAUUUUAUAUGAACAUCAUCAAUUCAAAGAUUCUCUUUUUCUCAUUUACGCUACUUUUAUCAUCAAUCGUCGUAUUCGGUUCGAUUUGUCUCUCUUCCGAAUUAGCUUCUACGGUGGCGAUGGCGGCUCCGGGAUCGGUUCAGAAAGGAGAUGAAGAGUGGCGUGCGAUUCUUUCUCCUGAGCAGUUUAGGAUUCUUCGUCAAAAGGGCACUGAAUAUCCAGGAACAGGAGAAUACGUUAAUUUCGACAAAGAAGGAAUCUACGGUUGUGCAGGAUGCAAAGCUCCUCUUUAUAGAUCAACCACAAAGUUCAACGCCGGUUGUGGCUGGCCAGCAUUCUUUGACGCAAUCCCCGGUGCCAUUACCCGAACCCCAGACCCGGAUGGGAGAAGAACAGAGAUCAACUGUGCAGCAUGUGGUGGACAUCUUGGUCAUGUUUUCAAAGGAGAAGGUUUCGCUACUCCUACCGAUGAACGCCAUUGCGUCAACAGCGUUUCCCUUAAGUUCACACCCGAGAAGUCUUCCUUGUAGAUUUCUUUAUUUUCUCACUUAAGUGAAUGAGAGACAGAACAGAAUAAGAAUCUUGUAGGUGUGUGUGUCAUAUAUAGCCUAUACUGUUUUUUUCUUUAUUAUUAAAUUCAUCAUCUCGAGCAUUUUGACAGCAACUGUAGUCUGUAUGAUUUUUAACUGAAUAAAAACGUACUCUUGUAAUA